GCUAUCACGAGAAUAGCACUUUAUCCAUAUAAAUACUGUACGCAGCUUGCCUACAUGAUUUCAUUUCAAUCAGCAUUCUCAGAAGAUCCGUUACACACCACACAACAUUCUGUCUCCCUAAAAUCACUAGCAACUUCAAAAUGUAUCUCUCCAAGUUACUAUCCGUUGCUCUCCUCACUACCCUCACCGCUGCUGCUGCAACACCUUCCAAUCUUGAAGCGCGUGAGCAGAGCGGAUGUAGACAGGCACACGCCGGACUCGCGCAAGCGUCUCAAUACUACACAUCAUUGUCUUCCCAAUGGCAUGGCAGCGCCAAGAACGCGAUAAUAAAGCUUCUCAGGGAGCUAGAUUCUGAAGCCAACAACAUUGCACGGACAUGUGCCAGGCUUGCAGAAGUAGAGAAGAGCUCAAAAGAGUCUUUCUCGGGGGCUGAACAGGCCGCAAGUGAUAGAUUCUCGUAAAGCGGUGGCAUCCAGGUUCAAGGAUAUGGAUGGUUACUCGAAGACCCAUGAAGGAGAGAUUGGAAGUCUAAUGUAUGAAGAACUAGAGGCUAGUAGCAGCAGUAAGCCGUUUAUAAUUAUUA